GAGAGGGAGGGAAGGAAGGCGGUGGCCCGCGGGGCGGCUUCCUCCCUCCCUUCCUCGUCCGGCCGCCGCAAGGAGCGGGCCAUGGCCCGCCGGCUCGAAAGGCCUUGCGGCUUGGACGGGCCGCGGCAGCGGUGAGGGGCGCUGGCCGGGGCGAGCAGCCGCCUCCGGGAACGCUCCGCCUCGGGUAUGCCCCCGCUGUCAGGGCCUGCCGGAGGCAGCGGCUCCUCCGCUCGGUGUUAAAGGCUCACCCGGCAGCGGGCGCGGCUGCGGCGUCCCCCGGCCAUGGGGACGGCGUCGUCCCUGGUGAACCCGUCCGGCGGGGUCGGGGAGGUGAUCGAGGACACGUACGGCGGCGGUGGCGGCGAGGCCUGUGAGAUCCCGGUGGAGGUGAAGCCCAAGGCCCGGCUGCUGCGCGGCUCCCUGCGGCGCGUCGGGGCCUCGCGGCCCGGUGGCCUCAUCGGGGCCAGCUUCAAGUCGACGGCCUCGGUGCAGGAGCUGGAGUGCAUGGCCGAGUACGAGCGCCUGAAGAAGGAGUACGAGAUCUUCCGCGUCAGCAAGAACAACGAGGUGGCCUCCAUGGUGAAGAAGGAGGCCAAACUGGACAGGGAGAACAAGCGGCUGCGGGCCGAGCUGCAGGCACUUCAGAAAACUUACCAGAAAAUACUUAGAGAGAAAGAAAGUGCAUUAGAAGCUAAAUACCAAGCCAUGGAGAGAGCUGCUACUUUUGAACAUGAUCGAGACAAGGUCAAAAGGCAAUUCAAGAUUUUUAGAGAAACUAAAGAAAAUGAGAUUCAGGACUUACUGAGGGCCAAACGAGAGCUAGAAGCAAAACUUCAGAGACUCCAGGCCCAAGGAAUCCAAGUGUUUGAUCCCGAAGAGUCUGAUUCUGACGAUAAUUGUACAGAUGUUACAGCUACUGGGGCACAGUCUGAAUACUGGAAUGGAGGAGCUUUGGGAAGUGAGCCAUCCAUGGGUAGUAUGAUGCAACUUCAGCAGUCUUUCAGAGGGCCUGAAUUUGCUCAUAGCUCCAUAGACGUUGAGGGACCAUUUGCAAAUAUAAACAGGGAUGAUUGGGAUGCUGCUGUCGCCAGUUUAUUACAGGUUACUCCUCUGUUUUCCCACUCUCUGUGGAGUAACACAGUAAGAUGUUUUAUUAUUAGUACUGAUGAGACUCAGCCAGAAGUGAACAUCUUCAUUAGAAACUACUCACCAAAACUUCAUAGAAUGUGUGAAACAAUGGGGUACUUCUUUCAAGUUGUUCAUUUUUCAUCAGAAAAUGAAAGGCCUCUUAAGGAUGUAAGAAAAUGGGAAAUUGAAAAAAGUUCAUUAGUCAUUUUGCUCCUGCAUUUAACUUUGCCAAGUUGUUUGUUGGAGGACUGUGAAGAAGCCUUCUUGAGAAAUCCAGAAGAAAAACCUCGGCUAAUUUACCACAGAAAGGAGGAUGGCAGAGUCAGUUCAGUCUCAGUGCAACAGUUAAUUGAGCAAAUUUCUUACGUGAACAAAGCAAAGAUGAUUGAUCAUUUUGGAGGUGUGGAGGAAGGAGCAUAUGAAAUCUAUAAUUGUGUCGAAAAGAUAAUUAAACAGGAUAUAUUGGGGUGCGAAACAACAGAAUUAGAAGGCAAGGAUUUGGGCACUAAGGAAGAGUCCACUGCUCCUGAAGAAGUUGUUUUUGGCGAUGUGUUGUGGGACGCACAUGAUGAACAAGAACAGAUGGAAGCUUUUCAGCAGGCCUCUAAUUCAACAUGUGAGCUGGGAUUUGAGAAAUAUUUUGAACGUCUAAAUGAUCUAGUAGCAGCACCAGCACCAAUUCCCCCUCUGCUUGUAUCAGGAGGACCAGGCUCUGGGAAAUCUCUACUACUGUCAAAAUGGAUUCAAUUGCAACAGAAGCAUUCACCAAACACACUAAUUCUUUAUCACUUUGUUGGGAGGCCCAUGUCUACUAGUUCAGAAUCUGCACUGAUAAUUAAACGCCUUACUUUAAAGCUUAUGCAACACUCAUGGUUAGUGUCACCUCUGACCUUGGAUCCAGCUAAACUUCUGGAAGAAUUUCCCCGCUGGUUGGAAAAGCUUUCUGCACGUCAUCAAGGCAGCAUUAUUAUAAUUAUUGAUUCUAUUGACCAAAUACAGCAAGCUGAGAAGCAUAUGAAGUGGCUGAUAGAUCCACUGCCAGUGAAUGUGAGAGUGAUUGUAUCAGUGAAUGUAGAAACGUGUCCACAGGCUUGGAGGUUGUGGCCCACUCUUCAUCUUGAUCCACUGAAUUCCAAAGAUGUUAAAUCUCUCAUUAGUGCAGAAUGUAACUCUGCAAAUGUUAAACUGACUAAAGAGCAGGAGAAGAAGCUUGAGAGACAUUGUCGUUCUGCCACAACUUGCAAUGCUUUGUAUGUCACUCUCUUGGGAAAAACCAUUGCUUGUGUUGGAAAUACAGGAAAUAUUGAUGAAACCCUUCAACGGUGUUUCCAGUGUCAAGACACAGUGUCACUGUACAGGCUUGUUCUGAGAUCAAUUCAAGAAUCAUUGCAGAGUGAUAAAGAGAAAAGUCUUUUGAGAGAGAUACUGUGUGUCAUCGGUGUUAGCCACAAUGGUGUGAGUGAGUCAGAGCUGAUGGAACUUUACCCUGAAUUGUCUUCUGCAGUGUUAGCCUCGCUUGUUCACAGCCUGCACAAAAUGUGUUUACUGACAUAUGGCUGUGGUUUGCUGAAGUUCCAGCACCUCCAGGCUUGGGAGAUGGUGAGAGUAGAGUAUAUGGAAGAAGGUGAAAAUGUUAUUUCUGCCUAUAGACAAAAACUAGUGGAGUAUUUCACCAUGCAGCUAAGUCGAGACCGAGUGACUUGGAGAAGUGCAGAUGAACUUCCCUGGCUCUUCCAGCAGCAGGGUGAUAAGCAAAAGCUGCACAAGUGUCUUUUGAAUCUCUUCGUAUCCCAAAACCUUUACAAAAGGGGACAUUUUGCAGAAUUGCUGAGUUACUGGCAGCUGGUUGGGAAAGAUAAGAGCUCUAUGGCAGCUGAGUAUUUUGACUCUCUGAAAGAAUACGAAAAAAGCUGUGAGGGAGAGGAAAGUAUGAUCUGCCUGGCCGAUCUUUAUGAGACCCUGGGACGGUUUCUUAAGGACCUAGGUCUUCUCAGUCAGGCUGUAGCUCCUCUGCAGCGGUCUCUGGAGAUUCGAGAGACUGCGCUGGAUCCAGACCACCCAAGGGUGGCGCAGUCGCUCCACCAGCUAGCAGGAGUUUAUGUUCAGUGGAAGAAGUUUGGAAAUGCUGAACAGCUGUAUAAACAGGCGCUGGAAAUCUCUGAAAAUGCUUAUGGAGCUGAACAUCCUCGGGUAGCCCGCGAACUUGAUGCACUUGCAACCUUAUACCAGAAGCAGAACAAAUAUGAACAAGCUGAGCAACUGAGGAAAAAGUCCUUCAAAAUACGCCAAAAAGCAGCAAGGCGGAAAGGCAGUCUGUGUGGCUUUGCUCUCCUGCGUCAGAGAGCCUUGCAAUUGGAAGAGCUGACGUUAGGAAAGGAUACACCAGAUAAUGCUCGAACCCUCAAUGAGCUUGGAGUCCUCUAUUACCUGCAGAAUAAUCUUGAGACAGCAGAGCUUUUUCUGAAGCGCUCCUUGGAAAUGAGAGAGAGAGUCCUGGGACCUGACCACCCAGACUGUGCACAGUCUUUGAACAACCUGGCAGCUUUGUACAAUGAGAAGAAGCACUAUGACAAAGCAGAGGAACUCUAUGAAAAAGCUUUAGACAUCAGGAAGAGAGCGCUGGCUCCAGAUCAUCCCUCCUUGGCUUAUACUGUGAAACACCUGGCAGUGCUGUACAAAAAGACGGGAAAACUGGACAAGGCUGUUCCCCUGUAUGAACUAGCGGUUGAAAUCCGACAGAAGUCGUUUGGCCCAAAACACCCUAGUGUAGCAACUGCUUUGGUGAAUCUGGCUGUCCUUUAUUGUCAGAUGAAAAAGCAGGUCGAAGCUUUACCUCUUUAUGAACGUGCGUUAAAGAUUUAUGAAGACAGCUUUGGCCACAUGCAUCCUCGCGUGGGGGAAACUCUGAAAAACUUGGCUGUGCUAAGCUACGAAGGCGGAGACUUUGAGAAGGCAGCUGAACUUUACAAGAGAGCUAUGGAAAUAAAAGAAGCGGAGACUUUGUUGAUAGGUGGAAAAGCAACUUCUCGACACUCUUCGAGUGGAGAUACAUUCAGCUUAAAAAGUGCAUUAUCACCAAACAUUUUCCUAGAACAUGGACAAAGGUGAUAUAAACCUGCUCAAAGAAAAGGCAGUCUCUAUUGCUAUUUUAAAGCAGACAUAAACUUAUUAAGAAAAUCUUAUUUUUUCUGGGAUAAUGUACUAUUUUGGGACUGACACCUGUCUUCAUGAAUGACAGGGAAACAAAUGUUUAAGCUUGAAAUCCUUCCAUGUUUACUUUGCAGACUGUAUGGUACAAAGCGAGCUUCUUUCAUUGUAUAUAGAUACGUAUAUUAACUACUCGCUCAAGUUAUAGCUAAUACCAAAACCAUCUGGAUUUGAUACCUCAUAGCCUAAGUGCCAGGACUGUGACAAGUUAGGUUCAACCAAUUGUAUAUACUCUGUUGGGUAGUUCUUAUUUCUACGUUGUAAUAGCCUGGCUUAGAGGACGUGGGUGGUUUUGUUUUGUUAGCGCUUUCUGCCUUUUCAAAAGCUUUUAAAGUUUUUUCUAAAGAGAGAGUAAUUUUGAAAAAGUCAAAAUACUGUUCCACCCAAAGUUUCACCUGCAGGGUGAUUUCAGCUUUUGGCAAACUCACAUUCAAGGGACUUGUGCAAAAAUAAUUGGCGUCCUCGGGAAACUAAUAUAUCUAACUAUAUCAUCAUCUACAGUUAAAGCUGUUGUCAGAUUCAACUGUAUUCACUAAAAAUACUUCCAGUGAGGAAUCGGACCAGGUUCCCUGUUGUUAACCCUUUAGCGCUACUUUCAUUAUUUAUCUCAUUGAACCCUGUAAAAUACAAGAAUGCUUGUACUACCUGGAAAAACCUAGUGAUGCAAAAUAGUUUGUCAUCAGAUAAAGAGAUGCUAAUCAAAUCUACCUGCCUCUUGUAUUUCUUAAUAACCUUGAAAAGUUUUGAAAAUUGGGAAGUUUCUUUGCAGGACCGGUACUGAUUAAGGAGAGAGGUGAAAGGAAAAAAACCCAAACAAAUCAAACAAACCAAAAAAACCCAAACCACCACACCCCAAAACCUCAGCCUUCUCAGCUUGUGUGUUUGUUGCCUGCUCUUCUCAGACCUGUUAAUUCCCUCCUCUAAAGACAGUGCUAUGACUUAUCAGCUGUCUGUUCUGAUUUUAGCAUGUAUAAUGAUACAUCUUGCUCUCUUAAAUAGUUUUCCUUAAUGUUGCUGGCUUAAAUAAGAAGCUACUUUCUAAGCCUUCAGGGUUGCAUCAGACUUUCCCCAUUUUGUGAUUUCCAGUUCUGAACUGUUACUCUUCUUCCCUUGCGUCACUUCUCUUCAACUUACUCAUAGGUUGGGCGGCUGCUUUUGGAAGAAAAAAGAUCAAUCCCUGAAAAGUGGCAGAUGCCAACCAUCCAUGGUCCGUUAGCAGAGAUGGUGAGGAAACAGUAGCUUACCCUCUCAACCUGAACAAAAAUCCCUGAUCUACAGAAAAUGAAACAAGAUCUUGAGUAAUAGUGGAGGGUCUUGCAGGCCGCAUGUUGACUGUAAGCUCCCGCAGCUAUAGUCAUAGCGCUCUUAAGAUAGUUGUUCAUGUAUCUGUACCUCAUGGACAUUAAAAAAAGUCAUUUGUAUAUCUGGUGUAUGCCUAGUAAUACUUCUGUGUAGGAAGACUCCACCUCAAAACAGAGUGUCAGCAGUUUCAAUGGAGAUUUAAUCAUUUAAUCAACAGUUG